AUGGUUGCAAGAAUAGGCAUGAGCUCUCUUUUGAGAUCUCUCCCCAAGCCGAGAUCAUCGCCAUUCCUAAAUACUAGGACCCUUCCAUUCCAAAUCCGCCAGCUUUCCAACGAAACAAGAGCUGCCAUUGAGAAAGCAGUGGCAUCUGCACCGGUUGUUUUGUUCAUGAAAGGGACUCCAGAAACACCACAGUGCGGAUUUUCAAGGGCGAGCAUACAGAUUCUUGGACUACAGGGGGUGGAUCCAAGGAAGUUCACCGCAUUCAAUGUUUUGGAGGAUGCAGAGCUGCGGCAAGGUAUUAAGGAAUAUUCGGACUGGCCCACCAUCCCACAGAUGUACUUAAACAAGGAGUUUGUUGGUGGGUGUGAUAUCCUGAUGUCCAUGCAUCAAAAUGGAGAGUUGUCCAAACUCCUGGAGGAAAACGGGGUUCUUAUCCCUGCCGAAGAAGACAAUGAAGCGGAUCAAAAAUAA